AUGGCACCGCGCAAAACAACUCGCAAGGCCGCUGCCGGUCCCGGAGCAGACAUCGACAAAGUCGCCGAUCCGAAGGCCCGCGUCGGGAAGAGCUGGACUGUCAAGACAUACCAAAAUGGGCUUUUGAACCUGAAGGCGCCCGCGCGGCUCAUGAACAUCACAAAGAAGAACGCCGUGGAGUCCCCAUUGCUGGCUCUCCCCGCCGAGAUCAGGAACAAGAUCUUCGCCUUAGCGCUCGGCGGUCAUGAAAUCACCAUCACUGCCGGCCAUAAAUCGUUCGACAAGAAGACCCGUCUGUACACAUACGUUCUCACUCAGACGGCGCUUCCUUUAUCCGGAGUCAUUUCGGGCUUCGUCAAACCCACAUUCCAGCUCCCGCGCGUAAGUCGCCAGGUCUAUGCCGAGACGGCAAUCCUGCCUUACUCCCUCAACACGUUCAAGUUCACGGGACAUGUGAACAAGCGAGUCGGCAAACAUAGAGGGUUGGGGUAUUGCGCCAUGGACUGCUGGCUGGAUCACCGGAUACCUGCCCAGAUCAAAGCUAUCGCAUCUCUGGUGGUCGACGAUCAAUAUUUCUACCGGUACUCCGAGGGGCGUCGACCGGCGUUCAAGAACAGAUUUCCGGCUCUCCAGACAUUAAUCGUGGAUCUGGCUCGCCCCAUUUCUCUUGACUUGUUCAUGCAGUUAGUCUUUCCUAAAGUGGCGUAUACCGAGCGCGAAGGAAGCGCGGCCAGCUGGUUCGCGAUUCGCUUGGAAACCGGAAUGCCCUGA